AUGCUGCGCGAAGUCAAUCAGUACGACUACACCAAAACCGACGACAACACCUUUAGCACGGUGAUUGGAACGGAGGUAACGUUUGUGGUGGAAAGGAAGAACAUCGGCAAGAAGCAUCCUGCCGUUUGCACGCUCAUGCUUCCAGACGGUACGACACUUGAGCUGGCGGCACCCGUGGCGGCUUCAAAGCUGUGGGACGCACUUCAAGACAGCCACAUCCGCAGCGUGGUUCAAAGGGAUGCAAUCGUGGAGUGCUUUUUUCGUGCCAUAACGAAAAAGCACGAAACGACAGUCAUUGACGACAACACCAUCCGCAUUGUCGCGCACUUCGAUGGGCGCACGGCGGUUAUCACGCUGGCACGCACAUGGUACGGCGGCGAAUUCGUCAAGGAGAUUACAUUUGACACUCCUGACGAUGAGGAAAACGAAACCACAACCUACAAGGACAUCAAGGUUAAGGUUGGAACGUGUAUCAUUCCCCUUGCGGUGGAAACGCACAACAGCGAGAAGGAAGCGCGUCUGCUCGACUUCACAAAGCAUGUUGUCGAUACCGCCAACCAGUAUCAACACUUGACGCGCAUAGGCUGUUGA